AAUGCCUGGAUGCCCGAGCACAUUCGUGCCUUUGAGGGCACCUGUGUCGUCAUCCCUUGCCGCUUCAGCUACCCCGAGGAACUCCGUCCGUUGGUCGUGCAUGGCAUCUGGUACUUCAACAGCCCCUAUCCCAAGAACUACCCCCCUGUGGUCUACAAGUCCCGCACCAACAUCGUCCACGAGAGCUAUCUCGGGCGCAGCCGGUUGCUGGGAGAACUGAAUUUCCGCAACUGCACCCUGCAGAUCUCCCGCCUCAGUCCUGAGCUCACUGGCAAAUAUUACUUCCGUGGGGACCUGGGCGGCUACAACCAGUACACCUACCCAGAACAUUGCAACCUGGAGAUCAUCAACAAACCCACCAUUGUGGUCCCCACGGAAGUGGUGGAGGGAUCCGAGGUAGAACUGCGCUGUGUGGUGCCUGAUAAUUGCCCCGACAUGAAGCCCAUCGUCACAUGGAUGAACCACGAGAACCUGGCUGAGCAUUCCGUCUAUGCCCAGGUGGAGGAGGAGGAUGGCACCUGGUCCCUCAUCUCUCUGCUCAAGUUCAUGCCGUUGCGGGAGAACCAUGGGCGUGAGGUGGGCUGCAAAGUCACUUAUGCCAACACCACUUUCGAGUUCGAUGGCUUCUCUACCUUGGAUGUCAAAUACCCACCCCGCAUCCUGCAGGUGAACUCCUCUGUGGAGGUGAUCCAUGGCUCCCAAGUGCUGCUGCUGUGCAUAGUGGACAGCAGCCCCAUGGCUCUGAUCUCCUGGUUCAGAGAAGAUGAAGUUCUGCACGAGGAUGUGACUGGAAACCUCACGCUGCACCUAGAUAAUGCCACUCACCUGCAUGAUGGCAUCUACACCUGCGUGGCGGAGAACAUCUACGGCAAGGACAACCAGUCCCUGGCCUUGUCAGUGCUGUACGCCCCUUGGAAACCUGUUGUGAAUACAUCGGUGGUGGCGGUGGAGGGAGAGCCGGUGACCAUCCUGUGCAGCUCACAGAGCAACCCUGAGCCCAUGAUCACCAUCUUCAAGGACAAGAAGGCAGUGGCCAUGGGAGUCUACCAGAACGAGGUGGCGCUGGAGUUUGAAUCCAUUUCCCACGAGGAUGAUGGGGAGUACUGGUGCACGGCCGAGAACCAGUUUGGCCAGCGCAGCACUGCGUUCAACCUCACCGUCGAAUUUGCUCCCCUUAUCCUUCCGGAUUCCAAAUGUACAGCUGCUCGGGACACGGUGAAAUGCAUCUGUGCAGCAAAAUCCAACCCAGAGGCCGUGAUCACUUUUGAGCUGCCCACACGCAAUGUGACGGUGAACGAGACCGACCGGGAGUUUGUAUACUCGCAGAAAACAGGCUACAUCGUCACCAGCAUCCUGACUGUUCAGAGGGAGGUGGACUCUCAGCUCUACAUCGUCUGCUCAGCCCGAAACGUCUACGGCACCAGGAACCAGCAGCUGCAAUUCCACCACUCCAACAGUCUGAUGUGGGCAAAAGUGGGCCCUGUGGGAGCAGUGGUUGCCUUUGCCAUCCUCAUAGCUGUGGUGUGUUAUGUCAGCCAGACCAGGAAAAAGAAAAACAUGAAUGAAAGUUCUAGCUUCAUGCAAACUGACAACCCUCCCGUUGCCUACAGUGGAGACUACAGGAUUCCAGGCAACCUGGAGAAAUCAGAGUCUAAGGAGAUCUGCUCUCUGGAGAGUCACUGA